AUGACGCAACAUCCAUCGGCGCCUGUCUCGUGUGUUCGUUACUUGGCCAAGUUCCUGGUGUUGCUGGGACUCGCCGCAUUGUCGGCAGCACAGUUCCAGUCACAAAGCUUCGAUGAUUUUGACUCACAACAGUUCCAACCUCAACCUGAACAGCAGUUUCGACCUCAACCCCAAAUACAGCCUCAAAGGUUUGUUGCUCAGCCUCAACCUCAGCCUCAAAGGUUUGCUGCUCAGCCUCAAACACAACCUCAGAGGUUUGUCUCCCAGCCUCAGUUCCAAGCCCAACCUCAAAGAGUCGCCCCCAAGAUAAAGCGACCUCAGAGCAGCUCAAGGUUCGUCAACCCUAAUUCUCUGACCCUCAACCAGGGCCCACAAGCCAGAUUCCCAGACAAACAGCAGUUUGGACAGCCAGCCAUCGUCAGACCACUACAGUUUGACUCCCGGCUUGUCCAGCCCGGAGUCCAGCCAUCCCCACCACAAGAGGUAUUCCAGCCCCCACCUCAGCAGUUCCAGGCCUUUGACUCUGCUCCAGCCCCUGCUCCUGCCCCCGCCCCGGCUCCUGUCAGAUCCCAGCCACGUCCGUCACUAGAGCCUGUUGUGGUCUCCCCUUCUAGAGCCUCCCGACCCAAGGCUACGAUCGACUCUGAAAACGAACAGAUUGCUCAGCAACAAGCACAAAACGCAAAGUAUUCCUUCCAAUCGUCCGUGACUGACACACUCUCCGACACCCAACAUGUGCGAGAGGAGGUACGUGACGGUCUGGCACUGAGGGGAGUGUACUCCUACAGCGACGGAUACUUCAAGCGGACUGUACACUACGAAGCCGAUGAGAAUGGAUACCGAGUUGUCAAGGAAGACGUAGAGCCGAUUGGCGACGGACCACAGGAAGAUCCUAACGGACAAGCCGAGAUUAAGUCCAACGUGGGAGGAGCUAAUCUACAAUACACCAUCACUGCCGCAGACAUUUCUAGCCGACCGCGGCAAUCGCAGCAACAGCAGCUGCAGCAAAGCUUCUUACCGCAGCAGUGA